UGUCGCGAGUGACGCGACUUGUUCGACCAGGCUUGUUUAUUUCGUCAGUCGACGCGAUCGUGAAAUGGAACGGAAUUCUAUUAAUCGGCUUUUCGACCGACUGCUUUCAGAACACGUGUGGGUCGAGCGACCACGUGGGCCGCGUGUACAGAGAAACAAGUGCUGCACAUCGUCCGUACUUGCGAGUAAGAGAUUGACGAGUACUUUGUGCUGGGUGUCUGGAGGUGAUCCGAGCCGAUCGGUCCGCUUCGCGAAAGCUGCUCUGCGCUGCGGGUCGUGUCUCUCCAAUGGAGCUUGUUGAUGGUCCGUCCCACUCGCCAGUCCAGGCUGCUGCUUUGUCGUGACUGAAAGCCUGAAAAUGACUAAGGAUGGCGUCCUCUCACUCACGAAAAGAGCAGAGUACCGUCGCGAAACGCAUGGAGAUCCUCCAGAGGUUAGAGGAAGGCGCGACUGUUAAUCAGCUUAUCAGCGAGUAUGGGCUCAGUAGGGCGACCAUAUAUCGUUACCAACGGAAUGCAGUCGCGAUUCGACAAGCCGCUGAGAACAGGAGGAGAAAUUUGAGAAAGAAGCCGUCGCUGGUGCACGAUGUCGUGGAUACUCGGCUACGGGGUUGGGUGUCGAUGAGACAAGCGUUAGGAGACACCCUAACCGAUAGUAUCCUCCAGGAAAAAGCGAGAGAACUACACGAACGAUUCGGUGGCCCGUCAAAUUUUAUGGCGAGCCGAGGUUGGCUUCGAUCUUUCAAAGAUAGACACGGCGUACACACUGCGAGCAUCUCUAGAGAGACCAACGCGAAUGAAUUGGACAAAUUCGAAGAAAAUUUGUUGAAUAUGUUAGCUGCGGAAAACGUCGACGAGGAGAACGUUUAUAAUAUAAACGAAACGAGUGUAAUGUGGAAGGUCCUUCCACAGAAAAUAUUAGCUCGUGAAGGAGAGCGAUUUUUGGAUUGUAAAAAUUUAAGAAAAGACCGCGUAACUGUAGCGUUAUGUGCAAACGCUACUGGCACGCACAAGCUACUGCCGCUUUUCGUAUACAAGUAUAAUAAUCCUAGAGCGUUGAAGCACUGCAAACAUGAUUUACCUGUGGUAUAUAAAAGUCAAAGGAAUGGUCGGAUGGACGAGUACUUGUUCAACGACUGGUACGAUAAUUACUUCAAACCGAGUGUGAUCCAACGUCAACGUCAAGAACAUCGAGAGGGAAAGGUGGUCUUAAUGGUUGAGAAGUGCAUGCUGUUUGAAAAAGCACAAGAGGAUCCGUACUUUAAAUUGAUUUAUUUACCGCCAGGUAGCACGGUGACUAUUCGACCGGUGGACCAAAACGUAGUCACGAAAUGCAAGCAAAUAUUCAGGAAUAAGUUACUCCUUCGGGCGCUUCAGCAUGCUCAUGGUGUUCGGCGGUUUUACGCAGAAUAUGACAUAAAGGAUUGCAUGGACUUGAUAAGCGGGGCGUGGGAUGUCAUAACGUCGGAGAAUAUUAAUAGUUCCUGGAGAAAACUUAUGCAUCGCUCGCGACUAGAUGCGGACCCAGAAACGCAAGACCAGGACUGUUUAGAACUAAUUAGAGAAAGUAUACCACUCGUUGGAGUAACCGAGUGGCAGGAACAAUGCGAAGCUGAAGAAGGUACAUGGUUGGAAACCGAAACUGAUGGACCAUUCGAUCCCAGCGGUAUGGGAGAAGUGGAAACUGAACAAAUGUUUCGCGAUUUAGCGAUCUGGGCGGAAACGAAAUCGGAUAAUAUCAGAUUACACGCGAAUGUUCUGAUAGAUUAUUACAAUCAGAAACAUUAAUACGUUUUGUAUAUAAAUGUAUAUAUAAAUGUGUACUCAUACUUUGUGCAAUACUAUACAUCCAUUCCUCGAUAUACGUAAUAGUUUCGUUUCUAGAAAUUGCUACUUAUCAGACUUGAGCUAAUUGAAACGAGAGUAAGAACUAACUAUUUAAAUAAUAUCUAUUUCGAAUAAAAAAUUAUUUCAAAUUGAACGAAAGAAUUAAUCUUCAAUAUAAUGUGCAAUAAAAAUAAUCUCGUUUCAGAAAUAUUUACAGCAAUUUGCUUCGAGUUACAUUUUCGCAAAACAAUAAGCUUUUCGUAAAUAAAUAUUCCACUGCUUAUCAGACUCGAAAAAUUUUUAAUUGAAAUGAAAAUAUUUGAAAUAAUCGCUAUUUCAAAUAAUGAAUUACUUUUUUAUUUCAAAAGCGAAAGAAAUAAUUAUAGAAAUAAUUUCUUUUAAUAAAUAUUUACAGUAAACAUUGCUACAUGUAAAAAGACUGGAGACAAUUUGCAAGGUUACGUGGAACGAGACUGUUUAUAUCGCAGAGUGGGUGUAGUAAAUAAAUUUCUCGUUAGGUACAUUCGUGUGUUUGAACGUUACCGAUAUUACGUGCGUGUUGUUUGAAGACUAGCGAUACUAAAACACUAUUCUUUAAUGUUUAAUGAUAUUCUGUCAUCAUGAUAUGAAUGUUUUUCUAUCGUUACAUAUUAAUUGUUUAACUCAAAAUCAUUCAAUUUGGAAUCACUUUCACCGUAAUAAUAUAAAGCAGUUUUUUUAAUGUUAAAGUAAAAAAUAUAAAACUGGCACGGCGACUCAUUAGUUGUGCAGGUCAUCGUAAGUGCCAAGAAAUGAUGGAAAUAGCUUCGUCUUAACCAGAUAGCUAUCGUUGUGGCCAAAUCUGAAUUUUAAUUUACGAAUGUUCAUCGCAAUGUCAACUACAUAUAUCUUGUACCCCAUUACAUCUUCGCUAAGUCAUAAAUCCCUAGUAAUUGGAGAUAUUCACACGUAUGAUUAAUAUUGUAAAUACAUUGUGUACAGUAUAAAUAAAAAAAAAAAACUUAAUAUAUUGAUAUUUCUUUAAAAAAAUAUUCGAAUGGAUAAUUGCUAUCGCAGCCCUGUAUUGCCUUACAAUUGUAUUUUAAUCACAUUGUAGAAAUUUGAUUUAUAAGGACCAUAACGCGAUUAGAAAUAUUAUAAUAAUUAAUAAAUGCUCGUUGACUGGGAACAGGAGUUUAGAAUAAAUAACGUAUGUAAGCUCGAGAAGUCCUCUCUUAAUGUUUAACGCGUGAUUCAGUCAUUCUAGGGUUAGGGACAAAAAUAUAUGCAUAU